AUGCCGAAGGGGCGGCGCGGCAGCCAGAGCCCCACGAUGAGCCAGCGGCCGGCCCCGGCCCUCUACUUCCCGUCCCUCUAUGACCGCGGCAUCUCCUCGUCCCCGCUCAGCGACUUCAACAUCUGGCAGAAGCUCUUCGCGCCGCUGAAGGCGGGGGAGGCGCCGGCGGGCGGGGCGGCUGGGGGCCAGCCUCUGCCCCAGGCGCUCCUGGCCCCAGCGCCCCUGCCGCCACCGUCGCCCGGCCUGGGUUCCCCCAGUGAGCACCCCUGUCCCCCGCCCUGGCCCUCCGGCCUGGCCUCCACCCCCUACGAGCCUCUGCGCUUCUUCUACUCGCCACCGCCGGGGCCCGAGGUGGCUGCCUCGCCCCUGGCCCCCGGCCCCACGACCCCCCGGCUAGCCUCUGCCUCCCACCCCGAGGAGCUGUGCGAGCUGGAGAUCCGGAUUAAGGAGCUGGAGCUGCUCACCAUCACUGGGGACGGCUUCGACUCCCAGCGCUAUAAAUUCUUGAAGGCGCUGAAAGAUGAAAAGUUACGAGGCCUGAAGACGAGGCAGCCUGGAAAGAAGUCGGCCUCUCUCCCUGAAGACAAGGCAGCCUGGAAAGAAGUCGGCCUCUCUCUCCUGAGGAGCUGCCCACCAGAGCCUAAGCAGCAGCCUCCUUAG